CACCUCACUCCGCCUGCGCUUGUGACGAGAGCCAGAGAUCUAGGAGGAAGGCAGCAAACGAAGGAAGCGGGAGGAGUCCGUACGAGACAAGAGCGCGCCAUGGCGAAGGCGGUGGCGGUACUGGUGGCGGUGCUGGUGGUGGCGGCGGCGGGCGCGGGCGGGGCGGCGGCGCAGCAGUGCGACGCGUCGGGGCUGGCGGUGUGCGCGCGGGCGAUCAUCGGCGGGGCGGCGCCCACGGCGGCGUGCUGCUCCGGCCUGCGCGCGCAGCAGGGGUGCUUCUGCCGGUACGCGCGCAACCCGGCGUACAGCCGCUACAUCAACAGCCCCGCCGCCCGCGGCGCGCUCACCGCCUGCGGCAUCGCCAUCCCGCGCUGCUAGAGGCGCCGGGGCGCCGUGUCCCCGCGCGUUCCGCCUCGCUUGCUCGCGCGAGUGCGAGUCGAUCUGUCUGGGUUUCCCUUGUCCGUGUCGUGGUGUGGCGUGUGGAUUGAAUCAAUGAAAAUUGUGUGAACCGGUUGAUCGUGCAGUGUGUGCUGUAGCUUAGCCGAUGGAUGCAUGUCGAUCGGCGGCCUAUUGUAUCUGUUGUGCUUGAGAUGGAGAGUACUUUAAUUACUGCAGAGUGAUGAACUGGUGCUACUGUUCUUUCUUAGUGUUACUGUACGUGCAAACUCGCCUUCCUGGCCAAA